AUGGCCAUGUCAGAUCUGCUGCUUCCGCUUUUUAUGAUUCCUUGGUUGAUACAAAGGCUCUAUAUGGACUCCUGGCUGAUCGGUGGUCUUCUUGGCCAGGCUUUAUGUCAACUGUAUUUCUUCUUACCAAAGAUGUCCUCUGCUGUGUCUAUUCAGAGCCUGGUUCUGAUAGCAGUGGAUCGAUUUGGAGCUGUGGUAUUUCCUCUCCGUUCUCCACUCAUCAGUUCAAAGCUGUGCCCGUUCUUCAAUCUCGCCACUUGGAUCGUCGCGAUAGCUGUUUACUCUCCAGAGCUCGUCGCUCGCAAACUUGUUGAAUAUCCAGAAAAGCUGGUUUGUCAGCGGCAUUGGAAUGAAGUUUUUGGAGAGUUCUCAUCCUAUGAGAAAUACCUCUUCUCCGGUAUUGUUGUACUCCAGUUUAUCCCAUUGGUGUUGAUUGCUAUACUUUACAUUAUCAUCUAUCUAAAGCUCAAGUCACAGAAGAUUCCAGAAUUAGGUUCAGACUUGGACGUUACGAUUUGGUGCUGCACCAAGGCAGCUCAUAAAAUACUGAUGAGUAAAACAAAGACAAAAAACGAGGGAUGGUGCUUUCACUAA